AUGAAGCUCGAUCCUAAUUCAAUCAUCAGCUCAAACGACGUUGUCCCAUCUAACAAUGUCUUUCCCGAACAUUGUGGCGACACAGUCGAAGUCAAUCAAGCAACUGCAUUGCAUGGAAUGCUGAUUGCAGCGUACAUCAUGCUCAUUGUUCCCUUCUUCCCUCUCGUCGGUGCAUUUUUGCGAAGAAAAGAAAGCAACCACGUUUGGGGCUCAAACUUGCCUGGUAUUUGCUCACUCGUUGCUGGUGCGCUCUACCUUGCCUGGUAUUACACAGAAAUCAAACCGAACGAACUUGAUGAGAUUGAAAAAUUCAACAAAAUCUUCAAAGCUUUCAAUGCUCUCUCGCUUACUGUCACCCUUUUCGGAGCCUUAGCACUGAUUCAUCUUUGCUUCGCUUUCCUUGGAAAUAUCCUCUGCUCGAAAUUCGGCUCUGGUGACAGACUUGUCGGACUUUUCACCUUCAUUUUCAUGACAAUUGUUUUGGCUGUUUUGAUCGCCGCUCCCGCUGCUGCUACUGCUCUCGGCUGGAAGUAUGCCUUUGGUGCUUGCGACCACUGGCUUACCGGACUCACCCUUCUUAACAAACCAGAAAUCGACUGGUCGAAUCUUGAUUAA